AUGAAGUUAGCUCCGGCAUUCCCUCGGAGCUAUUUCAUGGGCAGGUUUUGGGCGGGAAACACAACUGGUGACGGUCUUGAACAGACUUGGCUUGACGGAUAUUAUCGAUACACGAAACGGGGUAAAGUAUUCGCAAGGAAGACGGAACUAAACAACUGGUCCCUCAUCUUCCCGUCGGAACUCAGUCACGAUUGGCGCAAUCUUCCACUUGACCAGAUCAGCUUUCAACACUGGGCCCAAGAGGGAGGAAAGAUUAAACAUCACACAGUGCUCACAAAGGCCCACUCCAAAGUUGCUCUUCUCUUCGCAAAAAAGGAGUUGCUCUUGGCUGUUCAGAAGAUUCUGGUGAAGGAGACACUUAGCCUACUCCCUGGAAUUAUCGGCGACAAAUGGGUAUCGCUUGACCUCAUGCAAGUCUGUAGCGACUUGGUGAUCAAGCUCAAUGCCAGGAUUCUGUAUGGUCCAGCGUAUGCUGAUGAUCAGGAUUUCCACAAGCGAUUGAUUACAUUUGCUAACGGGGUCGAUGGUAUCAACUCUAUUUACUUCACUUGGCCUCGUUCCUUGUGGAAAAUAGUAUCGCUCGUUCAUCCCACCAUUCGUGGGUUUUAUGCAAACCUCCCGCAUCUGAAGAAAAGAAUGUUGCCUGACAUCCGAAGCCGCAUUGCUAAACUUCAGGCCAAGGCGGCGCAAGGUGAGGGAAAGGUUCCUGCAUCUGAUGAAGAUGUUACGUUCAUGACUGCCCUUAUAAAAAUGCAUAUGGAGGAAGGUACUCUUGGCGAACAAGACAGCGACCUCGAGAAGGUCUGUAUGGAGGCAGUUUUCUACACAUACGAAUUCUGGGGCCCGAUAAUGCCGACGCUGUUUUUUAUGCUUAUGGCAAUCGGUAAAAAUCCAGGCUAUCUACAGGCGCUCCGGGAGGAGAUAUCCUCCGCACUCGAAUCCAAUGAUUGGUCUUCCGAUUUCCUCGCACGUACUCCGAAGCUCGAGAGUUUUAUCAGAGAAGUACUUCGUUUAUACGUUCCGGCCCAAUGGCUUAUCACUGAUAUCCAUCGCGCAUCUUUAGCUACUGUCAGUCGACGGACAGAGAAGCCCAUCUACGUACAGUCCAUGGAUAUGCACAUCCCCGCUGGCGUCAAUCUCUGUGUACCAGCCAAAUACAUCCAUCGCGACCCAGACUUUUAUCCAAAUCCGACAACCUUUGACGGAUUCCGCUUUUAUGACCCAGUCACCAACAAUGUCACAAUCCGCGCUACUACUGCCACUGACACUUAUCUGUCAUUUAGCCACGGGUCAGGUCUAUGUCCGGGGAGAGUCUUUGGGGCGCAUGUUGUCCAAGUGCUUUGUGCAGUUUUCAUCAUGGAGUACGAUGUGAAAGUGGACCCCAGCAAGACAUUCCCAGACGUCCAAUCAACAAAAGAAGGCCGCGGAGACGGUAUGGUUGGUACGACAGAUAUCCUGAUACGAAAGCGCACGUCGGCCAAAGUCUAA